AUGGGUGGUUUCGCCCUCGAUAUUGACGAUACAGACUCUCGAAGCGCGGUCCUGUUCAAUGGUGCGAAACGUCUUACCCUAACUGCAAAGGGAGUUGCACUAUUCGCCCAGUGUGGACACAUUCUCGACAUCUCUGUCGAUGAAAUCAAGGAUAAGAACAAAGCAGACGGUCUUGCUAAGCUUCUCGUGUGCAUUCAGGCCGGAUGGAUGAUCAUUCAGGUUAUCAGUCGGACAGCAGCUGGGUUACCAACUACUUUGCUCGAGGUACACGUUGUAGCUCAUGUCGUUUGCGCGCUAAUCAUGUAUAUGCUCUGGUGGCACAAACCUCGUCAGGUGACUUCUCCAACAGUACUGAAAGGAGACUGGCUACCUUUGACUGCGUAUAUGUAUCUGGCGAGUCAAAUGAGUGGUAAGGUACCACAGGGCAAGUUUGCGAUGUUUCGAUUCGCCACUCCCGAAUUAGAGAAACUGGCUUACUUCGAAGCUAGAACGGCAAGGCGUGAAGACAUUGAUCAAGUCAAUCAUUGUGAUACAGCGCAAUCUCGUGGGACUGGUCAUCUUGGUCUCCGUCCGACUAUCCAGAAUUUGGAGCAAGAAGGCGAAGCAACCUUGCAGGACCCCGAAACCGAAGCUAGUUCCGAUCUAAAGCGUCUCGCAGAAAACGCUUUGCUGUUGUAUCCGAUCUUACAAACUCGCUUCGCCCCAGCUCGCGACGGGAAUACCUCGGGUACCACUUACAGGAUGCCCUACGUUACCGAGCUACUACAAACUCAUGCUCUCGACUGGCCAAACGACGGUUUACUUCGCCGCACCCAAUCUUUCAUCAUGGGGAUGGUAUUAUGGGGAGCUUCAACCGUGUAUGGUGCCAUACACGUUGCGGCUUGGGACUACUUCUUUCCCAGCCAGCUGGAGCAGCUCUUCUGGCGGCUGAGUUCCAUAUGGGUGACCUUUUGUGCUGCGUUCUGGUUGAUUACCAAUCUCUUAGCUCAUGUUUUCCCCUUCAUCGACAAAAUCUGGGUUGCCUACAACAAGCGGACACUUGGAUGUCUUAGUACUGUGGUCAUCUCGCUCUUAUGUAUAUUGUGUGGUAUAAGUUAUAUUGUGAGUCGGGCAUACAUUGUGGUUGAAGCUUUUGUCAGCAUAAGGAAUGUUCCAAAAGGCGUGUAUGAUACACCAGCGUGGUCGCAGGUUUUCCCUCAUCUAUAG